UUAUUUGCAUUUUUGUCGCAGGGCAUUGGAGAAUACGUCAACAUGAGAACAGGAAUGCCGUGUCAUCUUCACCCCACUAGUGCUCUGUUUGGUAUGGGAUACACACCCGACUAUAUUGUUUAUCAUGAGCUUGUUAUGACCUCUAAGGAAUACAUGCAAUGUGUCACAGCUGUUGAUGGCUACUGGCUGGCAGAACUGGGCCCUAUGUUUUACACAGUGAAAGAAUCCACAAAGACAAGGCUGGUUAGUUCGCUUAGUGCUUUUUAAACAGGACUUCGGCAUCUUCAGGG